UGCUUCAGAAAGGGAGAUGCCAAAGCCUUGGACGCCAGGCCCAUGCUCUGGAUUGGAUGCUCACAGGAGUUUGGAGAAGAGAGGGGAGAGGAAAGCGAUGUCUGCAAUCAGUCAAAAAAAAAAAAAAUCACUCUGUUUCGGCAAAGCACCUUGCAUGCUGUCGGGCGAUACUGAGGGUUAGAGAAGUAAUUUGGGAGAAUUAAUCCAGCCGAGCGUUCAGUGGGCUCCAAAGGGGCACCAAAGGCAGGGCUGUUCCUGCAUGCUCCUGGAUGUGCUGUGUCCCCUCAAAUCUGAGCAGGUGACAAGGCCACCCAGAGUAUGCCCGGGGCACAGUGGAAGCCUUCGUUGGGCCUUCCCUGGGCCCGGGCAGCCCACCCUGGGCAGCUGGACCAUGACGACAAGGGAACUUAUUUCUCAUCUCUCCAAGCUGUGGGCACCUCUGCCCCUCCCCCUGCCCUGGCCUCCAAACCUUUCCAGCUCAAGCCCACAGCUGCUCAAGUGGUGCCCAUUGAAGAGUUCCAAGACUGUGAGUGCUACGGCCACUCCAACCGCUGCAGCUACAUCGACUUCCUAAACGUGGUGACCUGCGUCAGCUGCAAGCACAACACGCGAGGCCAGCACUGCCAGCACUGCCGUCUGGGCUACUACCGCAACGGCUCCGCCGAGCUGGACGACGAGAACGUGUGCAUCG